CUCGCACAGCCUGCUUCUCCCUGCCUGCUCCUCUCAACCCUCCCAUUCUCCAUUUCCCUCCCUGGCAGGGUGUAAUUGAGUCAGGGCAGGAUCAGGUUCCCCGCCUUCCCGUCCAAAAAUCCCGCCAAGGAAGCCCCAGAGCAUAAGAAAAUCCAAAGUAGAGAGAGGGGAAGAAAGAAAGCACCGAGUCAUCCAUCCAGAAGGGGGGGAGAGCGCAGCCGCCCAGGCAGAAGCAGCAUCCAGCAGUACCUGGAGUCCGCUGCAGAAACCUCGCCCGCACGGUGCAACAAAGGCAGCCUGCUAGUCAGCGAGGACCUCUGCAAGCCAAAACAUGUCAUCCCAACAGUACCAGCAGCAACGUCGAAAAUUUGCAGCUGCCUUCUUGGCAUUCAUUUUCAUCUUGGCAGCCGUGGACAUUGCUGAGGCUGGGAAGAAAGAGAAGCCAGAAAAAAAGGUGAAAAAAUCUGACUGUGGAGAAUGGCAGUGGAGUGUGUGCGUGCCCACCAGUGGUGACUGUGGACUGGGCACCCGGGAGGGCACACGCACUGGCGCUGAGUGCAAGCAAACCAUGAAGACCCAGAGAUGUAAGAUCCCUUGCAACUGGAAGAAGCAAUUUGGAGCUGAAUGCAAAUACCAGUUCCAGGCUUGGGGAGAAUGUGACCUGAAUACUGCCUUGAAGACCAGGACUGGAAGUCUGAAGCGAGCUCUUCACAAUGCUGACUGCCAGAAGACUGUCACCAUUUCCAAGCCCUGUGGCAAACUCACCAAGCCCAAGCCUCAAGGGCUGAUCUAUGUCAGACAGUGACAGGAAGCAAUGCUGUAAGUUGGCGCUUGCUUUUUGGUAUGCUCUUAAGAAAAGUCUCAGUGCUUCUGCAUGGAGAAAAUGGGCCCAGGAUGGAUUGCUAUAUGGCUCAUAUCAUUCCUCCCCAUUCUUAUUAUUUCCUUUGUCUUUCCUACUGAUAGUUCUAGUUUGGCCUUUUUUUUUCAGAUUGCCAAUUUACAAAUAGUGACAAGGAAAUUUAUUAUUAAUUAUGAAAGCUUGGCAUUUAGCUAAACUUGGUUUUAACUAGGUCUUAUAACUUAAUUAACCCAUAUUUUUCAAUCCAUGUUUGGCCACGUGACUUCUUGCCUCAUCUCCGUACUGCACAUCCUGCUUUCCUCUGCAUCUCCUUGGUGAAUUGCUCAUGCCUAGAUUCCUCCUCCUCUUCCUUUCUUUCCCAUGUAAUCCUACCUAUCCUCUCCUGUCUAGCUAAUGGCCAUUCAGCACUUCAUUAUACCAAACACAGCAAUACAUCUUCACACAGUAGACAACAUCAGGUAGUUGCUAUUCUUUGCAAUAAGUCUCUUGGUUCUUGGAGACCAUAAUAAUAAUGAAGCUUAUAUUCAUGAUUCAUAGCAAUAGGAGGCAUUUGGAAUUUUACUGUUUUGUUAGAAAGCCUCAGGAUUUUAGAAACACUUUCCAACACAUUGCGAAUACAAUAGCAUCUCUAAUGUAAUAGUGCUAACUGCUACAGAGCUACAAUCAUCUUGUGUCUGUAUCCCAACUUUGAGCAUUAUCCUGUAUAAACUUAGUCAUUGGCUAAGGAAAGGAUGAGAGUUUACAAACCCAGGGAGCUAAAACAUCAGUGUGUAGCCAUGAUGUAUGCAUGUCUCUCUAUUGUCUACAUGUGCCCAUAAUACAUUUAAAAUGUCUGGAACAAGGAUGUCCCUUAGGUAUCACUGAAGGGACAAAGCAGACAUUCUUCCAGGAGGUAGCCCUUCCUCUUGCAUGUCUCACAGUUGCUCAUUUCCUGGCAAGCAUGUCUGCUUCACAGUCUCAGUGCAGGACGGAGAAAAUGAUGAUGAGCCUGGGGAUUGAGUUAACAUUUGGUAUGUCAUACCAGUUGGUUCUGUUCAAUGUGAACUAAGGUUCCCUACUGUUACACAUCAUUGUCUGGAUCCUCCUGGCUCUUAAUGCUUUGCACAGUGGCCACUGCAUGAUCAUUAUAAAGCACUUGAUUUUACCAAGUGAAGUUCUGCCCUAGAUCAAGUGGGGACCCUCAUGAUCACACCAAAGCUUUGUCUUAUGGUCACCUUGAAGACUACUGAAAUGAAACUGACUUUAUCCACAGAGUUAAUUCAGUUCUCAUUCUUAAAAAUAAGAAAGCAAUGUUAACCUUCCAAAUGUGACUCAUUAUGUUCUCAUAUCAGUAAAAGAGAGAUAGUAAAAAGAUUGAAAAGAAAAGGAUGGAGCCAUUUGGUGCAAUUCCUAAUGGGUUUAUGAGUGGAUCUAGUAUAAAGGGGGUUGAUACCCUCUGUUUGAUUUACUCAACUCUGUAUGAUCCUUUAGACAAAGCUCCCUUCAACUACAUACUAUAUGGUCCAUAGUUUUACUAUAAAGAGCUGCCUGAAUAUGUUAGUAGCUGUCAAGAUCCAGACUAGAUGCACAUUGGAACUGUUUGCUUAGAAAGAAAAAAAGUGAAUGCUAAUGAACAUUUCCAGUUGAAGGGACUAUGAAAGCAUUGGAACUAAGCAAGGCUACUAAAGCCUUCCAUCAAGAAGAGGCCUGGUUUAUUCCUAAGAGAGGCCAGCCUGCUACAUAAGUUUUCUAAGCAGGACCUUCAAACAUGUUUGACAUUCCAAAUGGAGGCAACGAACAUGGUAACAAGCAUGUUUAACUAUUCACAUAGAUAGGCUGUGUUCUUCUUGCGUAUUCUUAUAUGUACUCCCCCAACUCUUGUUUGUACACAUGCACACAUACUGGCAACUUCACAGGAGCAAACAUCUUGUGUGUUGAUCUUGGCCAGUUAUAAGAAAAUUGGCGUUCCUUUCAUAGAUUAGUACCUUGAUGCUAUUUUCUUUUUCUUUUAAAUUGCAGCAGAAUCAAAGAA